AUGUUGGUGGAAAGAAAAGUCAAGGUCGUUACCGACCAACAUGUCAUUGAUAAGCCCUCCCCUGUUGCUGAGUUUCCCAUGAGAGAAUGGACCAUCCGUCUGUUCCUGCUCGAUGAGGACGGCAACGAGCGCCCCGGCGACGUCUUCACCAAGGUCGUCUACAACCUGCACCCUACCUUUGAGAACCCCGUCCAAUCUUUCACCAAGCCUCCUUUCGCCUGCACCAACGAAGGCUGGGGUGAGUUUGAAAUUUCAAUCGACUGCUACACCACCGAAAAGACCAAGCUCGCUCCCAUCAUCCACGACCUCAACUUCCUCGAGCUCAGGUAUGAGUCUGUCCACAACGUCGUCUUCAAGAAUCCCAGCCAAGCCCUGCAGGAGCGCCUGCGCGAGUCGGGCCCCCUACCCACAGACGAGGACCGUCCCAAGAAGAAGAGCGGCCUCGCCGGCGGCAAGAAGAGUGGCCAAAAGUACGACUACGAAAAGAUUGCCGAGGCCCUCGAGAAGCUCGAGGAGGAGGACCUGCUACGUGUCAUUCAGCUCAUCAAUGAGAACAAGGGGCCUGAGACUUAUAUUAGAAGUGAUGUCGAUGUGGAUGACCUUCAUGAAGCCGGCGAGUUUUCGAUAGACCUGUAUACCAUGCCCGAUGUUUUGACCACGAAGCUGUGGGAUCAUCUCUCUAAGAAGGGCAUGGUCGUUUAA